UUCCGAGAAAACAAAACUUAAACACACACACCCUCUCUCUCUCACACACACACCCCACAGGAAAAUGGCAGAGGCUGGUAUUUCAGAUCAGGAUCAGGUCAGCUGUCCAGUGUGUCUGGAUCUCCUGAAGGAUCCUGUAGCUAUUCCCUGUGGACACAGUUUCUGUAAGGUGUGUAUUAAUGGCUGCUGGGAUCAGGAGGAUGUGAAGGGCGUCUACAGCUGCCCCCAGUGCAGAGAGACUUUCACUCCAAGACCUGUUCUAUGCAGGAGCAGCAUGCUGGCUGAAGUGGUGGAGAAACUGAAGAAGACUGAACUCCAGGCUGCUUCUCCUGCUCACUGUUACGCUGGACCUGGAGAUGUGGAGUGUGAUUCCUGCACUGGGAGAAAACGCAAAGCCAUUAAUUCCUGUCUGGUGUGUCUGGCCUCCUACUGUGAAGAUCAUCUUAAACCUCACUAUCAGUCUCCUGCCUUUAAGAGGCACAAGUUAGUUGAAGCCUGUGCAGGGCUCCAAGAGAAGAUCUGCUCUGAACAUGACAAACUGAUCGAGAUCUUCUGUCGUACUGACCAAAGCUUCAUCUGUUAUUUGUGUACGAUGGAUGAGCACAAAGACCACGAUACGGUUUCAACUAAAGCAGAAAGAAAUGAAAAACAGAAUGAGCUAAAGGAGGAGCAGAUGAAAUCCCAGCAGAGGAUCCAGGAGAAGCAGAAGAAGGUGCAGGAGCUGAAACAGACUGUGGACACUAUUAAGAUGCAUUAUCAGGCAGCAGUAGAUGACAGUGAGAGGAUCUUUACUGAGAUGAUCAGCUCCAUGGAGAAAAAGCGCUCGGAGAUGACGGAGCUGAUCAGAGCUCAGGAGAAAGCUGAACUGAGUCGAGUCGAACGACUCCUGAAGCAACUGGAGCAGGAGAUUGCUGAUCUUCAGAGGAGAGUCACUGAGCUGGAGCAGCUUUCACUCACACACGAUCACAUCCACUUCCUCCAGAGUUUCCCGUCUCUCUGUGUUUCUCCUGGAUGUGACGACUCACCCAGCUUCACUGUCAAUCAACAUCUCUCAUUUGAUGGAGUGAGGAACUCUCUCUCAGAUCUGAAAAAACGAGUUGAGGAAAUCUCUGCAUUUCAGAUGAUUUUACCCUCAAAACCAAAGAGGAGAGAAGAUUUUCUGCAGUAUUUCUGUUAUCUGACUCUGGAUCCAAACACAGCACACCGAGAACUCCUUCUGACUGAGAAGAACAGAGCAAUGACAUGGAGUGAAAGAGAUCAGAGAUACUCUGAUCAUCCAGAGAGAUUUGACUCUUACACUCAGGUGUUGUGUACGGAGAGUGUGUGUGGACGCUGUUACUGGGAGGUGGAGUGGAGCGGUGAUGGUGUGAACAUAUCAGUCUCUUAUAAAGAGAUCAGCAGGAAAGGACGGGGUUACAAGUGUGUGUUUGGAUACAACAGUCAGUCCUGGAGUCUUUGGUGUUCUUCUUCCUCUGUCUCUUUCUGGCACAACAGAAUAAAAACUGUGCUCCGAGGUCCAUCAUCCUCCAGAAUAGGAGUGUAUGUGGAUCACAGUGCAGGAACUCUGUCCUUCUACAGCGUCUCUGACACGAUGAGGCUCCUCCACAGCGUCCACACCACAUUCACUCAGCCUCUAUACGCUGGGUUCUGGCUACCUUUUUAUAACUCGACUGUCAGGUUAUGUGAUCCAAGAUGACAUGUUGGUAAAAGUUUGGUAAAAUUAAUUCUGGGAUGUCAGAUUUAUAUAAUUUGAUAUAUAAUUUCUCCCUGAGUGCCAUUUUUGAGUGCACAACCUGUAAUAUAUUAUUAUUAUUAUUAUUAUUAUUAUUAUUAUUAUUAUUAUUAUGUUCAUUUAUCCUAUACAUUAAGUUACACAAAUAAUCUCUGAAUGCAGACUUUAAGAUGCUUCUUUUUCGCUGUAUGCACUAGAUUAGCUGACUUAAUAUAUUUGUUACUACAGAAUCUCAGAAUUUAUAUUUUGGCUUUGACAAAGACUGUUUCUUCAGAAGUGUAACUCUACAGUACCUCAGAUCACCAAAUUUGAAAUAAUGUCAAGAUUACUGGUCAUCUCAGAUUUGCUGUAUACUUCCUGGAAAUUAGAUCAAUAUUCCCAGUAAAUUUUUCAAUAAUA